GCCAGUUGUUGUGUGCACGUUGCGUCGAACGGGUUGCCGGUGAAAAGCUGUACUAUACUGUGGCUUCCGCGGGAGUGAAACGACCAAAAACCGCUCUAGCAUCGUACCAUUUCCGGUUCGGCCGUCACUGUACGACGAUCGCUUUCGCGAGUCCACAACGUUCGGCUUAAAGGCGACCAUCGUGCCCGGUUCGGUUCCACCGCUUAUCUUACGCACUCUCGGAAACGCACGGUCGGAGGUUCGAUCGUCAGUCGCUGUAGGACGGUUGGUUCAGUUAACGUCGAACCUAGCUCGUGGUCGGAUCGUGCUCGCAGCGCACCAACUCCACAGUCAUUCUGCAGUCUACAGCUCGCGUCUCGUGAACAUUUCUGUGCACGUGUACGGUCAUCAGUCAUUGUGGCGAGGAUCGUUUUAUCACCGUGUUUAACUCCGCCGGUGCCAGGUUCAGGUGAAAAUCUGAAGUGAUCGUGAUCGUUGUUUAAAGUGCAGCGGCGCUAGUUGUGAUUGUUGCUUUCGUUCGUGCGUGUUCAAGUAAAACAAACACUCCGUCAACAUGAGAGAAAUCGUGCAUCUGCAGGCCGGUCAGUGCGGAAACCAGAUUGGAGCUAAGUUCUGGGAGAUCAUCUCCGAGGAGCACGGUAUCGACGCUUCUGGUGUCUACAAUGGAGAGUCUGAUCUACAGCUGGAGCGCGUAAGCGUGUAUUACAACGAAGCCUCGGCAGUUUCGCGGGCGUCCGGUGGCAAGUAUGUGCCCCGUGCCAUCUUGCUCGAUCUGGAGCCGGGUACGAUGGAGGCGGUCCGUUCCGGUUCGUACGGUAAACUAUUCCGGCCGGACAACUUUGUCUUUGGACAAUCUGGUGCCGGUAACAACUGGGCGAAAGGACACUAUACCGAGGGUGCGGAGCUGGUCGAUGCGGUGUUGGAUGUGGUGCGCAAGGAAUGCGAGAACUGCGACUGUCUGCAGGGAUUCCAAUUGACGCACUCGCUUGGUGGUGGUACCGGCUCGGGCAUGGGUACGCUGCUCAUCUCCAAAAUCCGUGAGGAGUACCCCGAUCGUAUCAUGAACACCUACUCGGUUGUUCCAUCGCCCAAAGUGUCGGACACGGUGGUGGAACCUUACAACGCCACUCUCUCGAUCCAUCAGCUGGUGGAAAAUACGGACGAGACGUACUGUAUUGACAACGAGGCCCUGUACGAUAUCUGCUUCCGCACGCUGAAGGUGCCCAACCCGAGCUACGGCGAUCUGAACCAUCUCGUCUCGCUGACCAUGUCCGGCGUCACCACCUGUCUGCGGUUCCCGGGUCAGCUGAACGCCGAUCUGCGCAAGCUGGCCGUCAACAUGGUUCCCUUCCCGCGUCUCCACUUCUUCAUGCCCGGCUUCGCUCCGCUGACGUCCCGUGGCUCACAGCAGUACCGUGCCCUGACCGUGCCGGAGCUGACCCAACAGAUGUUCGAUGCCAAGAACAUGAUGGCGGCCUGCGAUCCGCGGCACGGUCGCUACCUGACGGUGGCUGCCGUGUUCCGCGGCCGUAUGUCCAUGAAGGAGGUCGAUGAGCAAAUGCUGGCGGUUCAGAACAAGAACAGCAGCUACUUCGUCGAGUGGAUCCCGAACAACGUCAAGACCGCCGUCUGUGAUAUUCCGCCGAAGGGUCUGAAGAUGUCGUCCACCUUCAUCGGCAACACGACCGCCAUCCAGGAGCUGUUCAAGCGCAUCUCGGAGCAGUUCUCCGCUAUGUUCCGCCGCAAAGCGUUCUUGCACUGGUACACGGGCGAGGGCAUGGACGAGAUGGAGUUCACCGAGGCGGAGAGCAACAUGAACGAUCUGGUGUCGGAGUACCAGCAGUACCAGGAGGCGACCGCGGACGAUGAGUUCGAGCAGGAGGACUGCCAGGACGAGAUGGAGGGCGAAUGCGUUUGAAGCGAACGGGCACUAAGGAAACGGCAGUCCGCGGCCAGCAUAAGCACCUGCUGGCUUUGGCAUUUUUAUUAUUUAUUAAACUUUUUCGUAGCUAGGCAAACGAUUUUAUAUUCCGAAUACCGGAGACUGCGUGUGUGUAAAGAAACGUGAAAAGUAACAUUUACUAAACAAAAAACAAGCAAAAAAAAAGUAUCAUUAAAACCAACUCGAUUCAUCGUUCGAACAUCCAGCACGAGAUACCGGCAGUAAAUUGAAUUUCAUAACGAACGCCACCCACUCAAUAUCAUCUUGGAUCUCAAGACAGACACCAUUUCUGAGAGGAGAUAUGUUGUAAAUUCUAAAAGCAAAAGCAAACCCGUAAGAGUUGCCUGAUUCUUUCUGGCGAAGGAAAAUUUGCCUCCCGUUGCAUUGGGGGCUCCAGCAAAGUUUCUCGAGCCCGGAGAAAUUGGUUGCCGCGAGUUCCAAACGACUAGAUGCAUAGGUAUGCAGGUGUAGAUAACGGCGAGGGUAAACUUAUUCCUUCCGGACAGUGGAAAAUCAGGUGCGAUUCUUACCCGUGACCGAACACCAUUCGAACGAGCGAAACCGAGCAAGCAAGCAUGGGGAGCAAGUGUGGCUGGACAGUAGAGGAACUGACUUUUUCAAUUGUACGUCAACAUCUGGAAUGUUUUGAACUUAUUGAUUGCCUACGACCACCGUGUCGUGCAGCCGGUUGUCUUGAGCGUUAAAUACAUCAGCCUGCAGCGAACGGUACAGCGGCAUUGGAUUUCCAGGUGGACCCCAAAGACGAGAUUGUAAUGUACUGUGGCAAUUGUAACCUUACCGGCAAUUCGUUGAGCGGUGACAGUCAAACGAAAUAUAUCCUCAUUAUUUAUACCAUGUAA